UCGUUCAGUGCGUCAGCGGAUCCCAGACGAUUCGGCUCGACAACCUUAUCGCUCGUUGUUUUUCGUUAUCCCUACUCCUUGUGUUUGUUUUCUUGUACGUGUGUUCAAGUGGUGUGCUUUGUAUGCUGAUCAUUUCAUUACAUCCUAUCUCCAAUCAUCUCUUCUGUUUGAUUCUCUCGUCGCAUGUAAUCCCUCCCGUUUUGUUCUCGAAUUAAGUUUGAGACUUCGGAGCGUGUUGCCUCCUACAGUUCAUUUGAGUAAACCGUGCGACCCUGGAAAUCAGUCGAGAUAAACAAAUACAUUCAGUAAAGACCAACCUGGGCCCAGUGCGAUGAAGGACUGGGUUCGAUAUUGAAGACAUUUUGCGGCCAUUGUAAACGGGAAUAAAUAUUGCCACCGUCAAAUUCGUGUACGCUGAGAAUCUGAUUAAAGAAAAUUGACAGACCGUGAUUGAAAAAGAAGAGAGAAAAAAUUGACCAGCUGAUUACGGUUUUGGAAUAGUUGAAUACCCCACGCACACACACACACACACACUUCAUUCUUAUAUUUAUCGAGGUUUCCUUCGUUUCGUGUCGGUUGGUCAACCUCCCCAACGGCUGGGGUUUCGCUCCUAACAGUGCCCCGUUGUGUGUGUGUGUGCGCGCUUGUGUUUUAUUUCCAUCCGGAAUUGUGUGCGACAGGUGUUCCAGGUUUUCCACAGUGUUCGACUCGCCUUUUGCUUCUGCCUAUUUUUUUUUUUCUCUAGAUCUUUCUGAAUUUCAGAUUGAAGAAAAGACUUGGAAUACCUGGCGUCCAUUUGUCGCAGUUGUAGCGAAUCCUCAUCAAAUCAAACAACCGAAAUAAAAUAGUGAGCCUUAGCAAUCAGCAAUUGCAACGUUGCCAUGUCUCUGUUCUCCAAGAAGCGCAAACCGGUCAGUCACAUGACUGGCGAAACGGAUCAUCACCACAACAACAGCGGGAGCAACGGACCAUCAUCCGGCAUGGAGGAGACGAGCGGUGGGCGUCAUCCGCAUCACCCACUGCCUCCUAUACCGACUAACGGUCACCAUUCGCUGCCACCGUCCACGCCAUCGCGUCAUCAUCACCCGACACCGAGUAGUAACAGCGCCGCGUCUGUGGCCAAAGUCACGCAACCCAAAUUGGUCUUUCAUUGUCAACAGGCCCAUGGCUCGCCCACUGGACUUAUCUCGGGCUUCACCAAUGUCAAAGAGCUCUACGAGAAAAUUGCCGAAUGUUACGACAUCCAACCGGCUGAGAUCCUGUUCUGCACGCUCAACACCCACAAAGUGGACAUGAACAAGUUGCUCGGUGGCCAAAUUGGACUUGACGACUUUAUCUUUGCACACAGAAAAGGACGACCAAAGGAGAUUGAAAUUACUAAAAGUGAAGACGCUCUUGGUCUGACCAUCACCGAUAACGGGGCCGGCUACGCUUUCAUUAAACGUAUCAAAGAAGGCAGCAUCAUCGACAGGAUGAAAUACAUCAAUGUCGGUGACCACAUCGAGCGUAUCGACCAAACCAGUCUGGUAGGCUGUCGCCACUACGAAGUGGCUAAAAUGCUUAAGGACAUCCCGAAAGGCACCACAUUCAUCAUGCGGCUCAUCGAGCCCCUCCAAGCCGGAUUCUCCAACAUUGGACCCAGAACGAAUCCUGGAACGGCCAAGAAAUCGUACGGUUCUGGCAAAGAGACGCUACGUCUACGAGCUAACGGACCGGCUCGUGUGGAAGAAGCUCCCGACAGCGUAGUUGAAGCAGCAGUUGAAAAAAUCAACAGCCUCUUGGAGAGCUUCAUGGGCAUCAACGACGCAGACUUGGCAACCCAAAUAUGGGAGAUGGGCCAGGAAAAGACAAACACCAUGGAUUUCGCCGAAGCCAUCGACAACUCCGACCUAGAAGCUUUCGGCUUCACUGAUGACUUCAUUUUCGAACUAUGGGGCGCCAUCACGGACGCCAAAGCCGGCCGAUUAAGGAAAUAAGACUCUAUUACAUGACCAUAUAAGAAAAGAGGAGACCAAAAGAAGAAGAAGACAAAACAAUAAAGAACCAAAUAUAGAAAACCAACCUCUCCGCAUUUCAGACUACAUAAUAAUUUCCAUUCCAACUUAUAUAGACCGACAGUCCUAAUUUCCUUAGUAUUAUGAAUUUUUAUGAUUUUUUAAAAAUAUGUUCCUGCAAUUAAUACCCGAGAAGAACGCUUAACAUUGUCUACUUGUGUUGUCAUUUCUUUGUUACACCCUCUACCUUUUCCUGCGUAGUCGUGAUUGUCGGUUUCAGAUUUCUAUAUAAUAUUGAAUACUAAAUAAUAAUGAUCCCCCUCCCCCCUCCACUGUGCUAAUAGUAAUUAUAUAUUUUUUUGGUGCAUCCGCUGGAAGUGGAUAUCCUUGAGCUGAUUCAUUGAUGCAAAAUAUGUCACAGCUUUUCUUUUUGAAAAGCGAAACGAUGGGUACUGCAUUCUUAAAAAAAAGAAAGAAAAAUAUUAUUAUUAAAGGUGUUUAUGUGUGUAUGUGUGUGUUUGGGCGUGUGUGUCUGUAACAUAUUUUCGUCUAGCGUCUUUUCUAAAAGGCAGAAAAAAGGCAAGAACAGAAAAUGCUAAAUCACCAUUCCAAAAACAUCCAAAAGUCCUGUUAUUAGCAUGUCAUUACCACAUUAACUGAGUGCAAUCUACCAUGUGGGGUAAAAAAAAAAGGCCAGAUUUUUAAACAUUCACCGAAUGUUUUUAAAUCGAAAAAAACGAAGGUAUGUCUGACAAUCAUAGGCGAGUAUGACGACAUCUGGGCGCACAUGUGUCCUCGCCUUCUUUCAAAAAAACCUUUCCUGUUUUCUAUAUACGUGUGUCAUCAAAUGUCUUUCGUAUUUCAGUGCUGUAUCCCGUUUGAAAUACAAAAGAAUUGACUUGUG